UCGAGUGUUCGAACUUCUUUCAGUCUUUCAAUUUUUGCCAUGCUCCACUCAUAGAAACUGCCAUUUCGGCUUAAUUUUCUUGUCUACUUCACUCUACAGUUCAAACCAAUUCUUACAACAUUUUUUCUUUAACAUCUCACGGCUUCUCAGAGUAAAAUCUUGGACCUUCCUCAAAAGUAUCGUGUAUGUGACUCUCAUCAGUCUCUGAAGCAUUUUGACACAAAAAUAAAUACUGGGUAUAAAUUAGUGUGUUUAUUGGUAAGAUGGCUUUGACAUUCCUUAGAGGGAUACAGCUUAACCCUUCUAUGUUAUACCCAUCUUCAUAUUUUGCAAGAAAACAUGGUGUUUUGUAUUGCUGUAUGAGAAGUGCACAAACACAAACUGCAACCCAAGAAAAAGAACAGCCCAAGUUGAAAGUUUCCACACAAAACCAAUCAAAAACAGUUGAUAAAAUUUUGAAAGAUUAUGAGGCAGUUAUAGGCAUAGAAACACAUGUUCAACUUUCUACUCUUACUAAGGCCUUUUGUAGCUGCCCUUAUAACUACGGUUCUCCACCAAAUACCAGUGUUUGUCCUGUUUGUAUGGGUUUGCCUGGCGCAUUGCCGGUUUUGAACUCAAAGGUGAUUGAGUGUGCAGUAAGAGUUGGCCUUGCACUUAAUUGUAAACUGUCUUUUAGUUCCAAGUUUGAUAGGAAGCAGUAUUUUUAUCCUGACCUUCCAAAAGGGUAUCAAAUAUCACAGUUUGAUAUCCCAAUUGCGAGUGGCGGAUAUCUUGAUGUGGAUCUUCCAGUUGAGUUUGGUGGUGGCCAUAGAAAGUUUGGCGUUACCAGGGUGCAUAUGGAAGAAGAUGCAGGGAAGCUGCUUCAUACCGACGGUGGGAGUUACUCGCAGGUUGACUUAAAUAGGGCGGGAGUUCCAUUGUUGGAAAUCGUCUCUGAGCCAGAUAUGAGAACUGGUAUUGAAGCCGCAGAAUAUGCUGCAGAAUUGCAAAGGUUGGUCAGGUAUCUGGGAGUGAGUAACGGAAAUAUGCAAGAAGGAUCACUUCGCUGUGACGUCAAUAUCUCAGUUCGUCCUAUUGGGCAGUUAGAGUUUGGUACAAAGGAGGAAAUUAAAAACUUGAACUCCUUCUCAUCGGUGAGUAGGGCCAUUGAUUAUGAAAUUUCAAGACAGGUGCUUCUACAUAGCCAAGGCCAGGUUGAUCAAAUUGUACAGGAAACUCGACUAUGGGAGGAAGGUGCUCAGAAAACAGUAACAAUGCGGAAAAAGGAAGGACUUGCUGACUAUCGUUAUUUCCCUGAACCUGAUCUUCCUGGAGUUACUCUCACCGAGGAGUAUGUGGACAAUAUCCGUGAGUCAUUGCCUGAAGUUCCGGAAGCUAAGCGUCGGAGGUACGAGAACAUGGGCCUAAGCAUGCAAGAUGUCUUGUUUCUCGCCAAUGACAUGAAUACUGCAGAAUUUUUUGAUGCAACAAUUGCAGCUGGUGCUGAUGUAAAGCUUGCUGCCAAUUGGAUUAUGUGUGAUAUUGCUGCAUAUAUGAAAAAUGAAAAAGUGACUAUCAAUGAGAUUAAACUUUCCCCUCAAGAACUUGGGGAGCUCAUAGCUUCAAUUAAAGAUGGGACUAUCAGUGGAAAGAUUGGGAAGGAGGUAAUUACACUUUGC